CACUUGAUUCCUCGCAACUGAAAGCCAAGAAGAGAGAAAAAAAAAAGAAAUUGUAUCUUCCCUCACGCAAACCAAAUCAAGAAACUGCCUUGAGAGCAAGAAAGACCGAGUCAUAACUAAAUCACAAUGGCCACUGAGGAUGAUAACUUCGACAUUGACAUCUAUGGCGACGGCGGGAGCUACAAUGCUAACGAUCAGGGCGAGGACAUCAAGCACGAGGACACGGAACUCAUUCUAGACGCGUCGGACGCCACGCAGAACAACAGCGUCGCUCAGGGCGAUGGCUCAUCGGAUGGAACUCUGAAGCAGGAAAGUGAAGGGGCUGCGCCCAGCAGCACCGCGAGCGUAGCACAUGGAGAAGCCGCCCCCCAACAGACCCACGCCCCGGCGCCCCAGCAAGGUGUGAAGCGCAAGGAACACGAUGACCGUCCGACGGAUCCUGAUGCGACGCCUGCCCUUCUCAUCUCGGAUUUGUACUGGUGGACCACGGACGAUGACAUUCGCGGCUGGGUGGCUCAGGCCGGCAGCGAGGAUGAGUUGAAGGACGUGACUUUCAGCGAGCACAAGGUGAAUGGUAAAAGCAAAGGACAAGCAUUCGUUGAGUUCACUACCCUCCAGGCGGCCACUGCCGUGAAACACAAGAUUGAGUCGUUCGCCACGUCGGGGCAGGCCGCACGCAAGCACAUGGUCGUCUAUACCAGUCCCCAGCCCAACCCUUUCCGUACAUUGCCCAAGGAUGCGCCCAUGCGCAAGGACAACCAGUCACGAUCGAUGUCCGGCGGCUUCAACUCUUCCAACCAGAACAUGAACUUCGGGAUGAACAACAUGGGUGGCGGCUUCCGAGGCGGUCGGGGCGGAUUCAACAACCGGGGUGGCAUGAACAACAUGAACAGCUUUGGCGGGAACCGCAACUUCCAGGGUCCCAUGGGUGGCUUCCAGCAGCCGAUGGUGGGUGGCUUCCAGCAGAACAACCCGAUGGGAAUGCAGAACUUCGGGUUCAACAACCGCGGGGGGAUGAUGGGCGGUGCCAUGCGUGGCGGCCCCGGUGGCAUGCGCGGCCGGGGCGGCGGCAUGGCGGGUGCCAACAUGAUGGGCAUGCCGGCCAUGAAUCCCAUGGGCGCCAUGGGGAUGAACCCGAUGUCCGGGGGCAUGAAUCCGAUGAUGGGCGGAAUGGGUGGAAACAUGGGCAUGCAGGGACAAGGCGGUUUCCAAGGCCCCAAUCCAGCAUUCAACCAGGGCUUCUUCCCCAACGCCCAAGGCGGCGAUGGGUCAUGGAACCCCCACGGCGCCAAGCGCAGCCGACAGGAGUGAUCUCCUUGUUGUUUCGUUUCUGGGUUGUCUCUCACCAGAGGCUUCUUUCUCCUCUUCUUCCAUAACUGCUUCAUGUCCGUG